AUGAAAACCGACCUGGAGCUCGCCCUGGAGUGCGCUGUCAACAUCUACCACCAGUACGCCGUGCGGUACCCCAUCGACGACUACCUGAGCAAGGGAGAGUUCUCCCAGCUGCUCAAGGAGACUGCCCAGCCCUUCCUGCACAACACCAAGCCGCCCAAGGCGAGCACCGACGAGUACAUCGCCCAGCUCUUCGCCAAGGCCGACGGCAACCGCGACGGGCGCCUCAAGUUCACCGAGUUCCUCACCACCCUCAGCCUGGUGGCCAUCGAUGCCCACAACAGGUCCCACCAGGGCCCUGGUGGGGACCACGGGCAUGGCCAUGGGCACGACCACGGGCACGGCCACGACCACGGGCACGACCACGGCCGCCGUCCCCGCAACUGA